UCUCUCUCUCUGCCUCUGACUGUGUGACUCUCUCUCCCCCUCUGUCUGCCCCGGUUGCAUGACUGUGUUACUCCAGGAGCUGUUGGCCGAGGGCCGCUGACACUUUCCGUGUGAGCAGGGGUUUGGUUGGAGGCGGGGAGGGGAGGGGGUAGGGUCUCCGGGCCAGCGGGGCAGGCGCGAUGAGCCGGCCGGACCUGCGGAGGCUUUUCUCGGCGUGUGACCUGAACCGCUCCGGGGAGAUCGAGCUGGAGGAUUUCUGCGGCGUUUGCCGGGAGCUGGGGGUGUCCAGUUGGCAGGUGUCGCCGCUCUUCAACAAGCUGGACGUGGACAAUGACGGCUCCAUCAACUUCAACGACUUCACGGCCGGGUACGAGGAGGUGUCCGAGGUCCUUCACCUCUCCUCCCUCGGCAGCGACGGCCCGCAGGCGGCGCAUAGACUCGACCACGAUGAGCUGCAGGAGAGGUUCGGGGAUGGGGUGCAGUUCCUGCGGAGCAGGGAGAAGUUGCUGCAGUUCCACCAGCUGAUCCGAGCCGGGCCAGACCACACGCUGUGCCAUCAAUACGAGGAACUGGUCCGCGGGCUGAUUAAAGACGGCAGGAUCCAAACCAUGGAAACUGACAACCUGGAGCUGGCCCUCAAGCGGACGGAGGCAACAGCUGAAGUACGUCUGUCCGAAAUGGAAGAAGACCUGCAACAGCAGACUAUUAAACUGGAGCAGAAAAUCCGAGACGAGGAGCAGCAGAGACUCGAAGCCAAAGCAGCAGAAAUGGAGAAACGUCACGAGGCGGAGCGUGCGGAUCUACAGGUGGUGAUUGACCGGAUGAAAAAGCUUAAUGAAGACCUGUGGAACUCCAAUUCUAAAGGAGAUGUCUCAGCAUUGAAGGAACAAUUGGAUGAAUUGACCCAGGAAAACGAGCACUUGCGGAGUUCCUUUCUGAAGAGCCAGACGGGCAUUUCCAUUCUCGAAGCCUCGUUGGACAAAGUCAAAAAUGAACUUUCUGAUCAUCACUUUGAGCGGAGUCGGACAAAAGAAGUUAUAAAGAAACUAGCAGAAGAGAACGACGUCUCCACAAAUCAGAUACGGAUGCUUCAAGAAGCUAAUAAGGCCCUUUACGAUAGCAACAAUGGAUUAAGAAGUACUUUGGAAAAUAAUCACAACACAAAUAAAAAGCAUUCCAUAGUUGAACCAGAGGUGAAAGAAUCAAAUGGAUUGGACACAAUGAAUUACAACAGCUUGGCCAAUGGUGAUGCUGACCCCAUGAUUUUGAAUAACGAUGUAUCCAGGCGCAGAAUCUCGGCAGUAGCAAACUGGGCCCACCGAUACCUCGAUAGCGGUGUGUCUACGAUCCAGGAUGUGGCCGAUUAUUCCUCAGAUGAAUAUGACAGUGAGCGCAGUGAUGAUUCCCUUGAAACGAUGCACUACAGUUACUCGUACGUGGCCUCCGAUGCAGAGACGCCAGAGGUGAGGACGGAGGUGGAGGGAGUAGCUGGAAGCUGGAAACCCUCGAGACCCGUCAGUCGCUGCAGUUCCACCGCAUCUUCCCGGAGACGCCUUCCUGCAUUCACACCCAAGACGACAGGCUUUGUGGGAUAUGACUUCCGAGGAGAUGGACCACUCUACAGACUUGUCCUUGCAGGAGAUGCGGGGUCGGGCAAAUCCAGCUUCCUGCUGCGUUUGUGUAUGAACGAAUUUAAAGGACACAUUCAGACCACGUUGGGAGUUGACUUCCAAAUGAAGAAGCUACUGGUUGAUGGAGAAAGUGCCACGUUACAGAUCUGGGAUACUGCCGGUCAGGAGAGGUUUCGCAGCAUUGCAAAGUCUUAUUUCCGAAAAGCUCACGGUGUGUUACUGCUGUAUGAUGUGACUUCAGAGAUCAGUUUCUUGAAUGUCCGGGAAUGGAUCGAUGAAAUUAAGAAUUCGACUGAUGGUCCGAUACCAAUCAUUUUAAUUGGAAAUAAAAUUGAUUUAAGAAACGAGAGGCCUCAAGCACAGCGAGGUGCUGUAUUGACUGCCCAUGGAGAGAAGCUAGCUAUGACAUAUAAUGCUCUGUUUUGUGAAACAAGUGCAAAGGACGGGACCAAUGUGGUAGAAGCAGUUCUGCACCUCGCCAGAGAAGCGAAAAAGAAUGCAAGCCUCAGGAAAAGUGAACCGGCGAUGCAACUACUACCAACUGAUGGGAAAAAAAUGAUGAAUAAUUGCUGUAAAAUGUAGAGCUAAGCCUUGGUGAAUUGCAGUCUUUCACUAGCCUUGGGCUAUGCUUGGGAUUUGUAAUGCAAAAAAAAAUUUUUUUUGCAAACCUUUACUCUCAUUUGAGAGCAUCUUGAUUUUAUGGCCAAUAUGUUUGGCAAAUAAUGUAUAUUUGUGGGUAGCAGGUUUAUAAAUGUACAUAUUUAAGCAGAAGCACACUUAUUUUCUAUUUUGUGAUGGCAUUGUAUGAAUAUAAAAUCUGACACUCUAAAUGUAAAAAGUAAACUAGUUUUGUAAAAUGAAGGAAUGUUUGAAAGGGCAUGAACUGUUCAAAGCAAGCUGUCUGAUUUUAAUCUGAAAUAAAACUGAUUACAAUA